AUGGAGAAUUGGAAGAACAUCCCUUUAUCCAAAGAGGAAGAGGAAGGAGUAACGGCGGCAGAAGAUGAGGUUAGUGGCGAUGAAAUUUUUCAAAGAACACUUGCUGGGAAACUAUGGACGGAUAGUAGCUUCAACUCAAGGGCAUUUACAAGCACAAUGAUUAGUGCUUGGAAACUCAAGAAUCCAGUCGAAACACAAGAGCUUAGCAAAAACUUGUUUCUUUUUCGAUUUGCUACAAAUAGAGAUCUUAAGACAAUAUUGAGAAAUGGACCAUGGAGUUUCGAUCGAAACCUACUGGUCCUUGUUCGUAUUUCAGGUGAAGAAGAACCUUUGGCGCUCCCACUGAUUAUCAGAACUGAGGUUAUGGCUAAGAAGAUUGGGGGCAUCAUUGGUACUUUUGAGAAGAUGGACCAGAAAGAGGCGCAUAAGAAUGGCCGCUUCCUGCGUAUUAAGGUGACGAUGGAUUUGAAACAGCCACUGAAAAGAGGCACGGUGGUUAAGUUCAAGGAAAAGAUACUUAGGGUUCACUUCAAAUAUGAGCGCCUACCCACUUUCUGUUUUGUUUGUGGAAGGAUUGGACACCAGCUUAAAGACUGCGAAGCUUUGGGUGAUAUUAGUGAAGGGGGUGUCAAAGAUAUUGAAGAGCAGGAUUUAUCUUUUGGUCUUUGGCUCAGGGCUUCCCCGCUACCUAGAGCCAUGGAAGAAUAG